AUGAGCGCCAGUGAGAAGCUAUCCUGUAUCUCGACUUUGCAUCGAGCGCCGUACCCUGCGAUUGACCCUCGGAAGCCAGCUAGCUCGGCUGCAGGGAAAACGAUUUUGAUUACCGGUGGCGCAACAGGUAUCGGAUUUGCUACGGCCCGAAACUUCGCGAUCGCUGGAGCAUCGACAAUUGUGCUGCUUGCACGUCGAGAGGAUACUCUCCAAAAAGCAUCCUCGGAACUCUCGGCUACAUUCCCGGACGUUCAGUUCCUCACAUACCCAGUCAGCAUCACGGACGAAGCUGAAAUCCAGAAAGUCUUCUCUUCUGUCCGACAGACUGCGAGGAACAAAGAUAUUGAUGUACUCGUCACAUGUGCAGCCUUUAUAAAGGCCGACAAACCUCUGUCUACCACCCCACUUUCUGAAGUGAAAACUACAUUUGAAACAAACGUGUUCGGCAACUUGAAUGUCGUCAAUGCUUUCCUCGAUACUCCGAAAGAGGAAGACAAGGUCAUCGUCGACAUUACAAGCUAUGCGUCUUAUAUGAUAUUUCCACAAACUGGCCCAUAUGGCGCUAGCAAAAGUGCAUUCUCAUUCAUGAUGCGUCAUGUGCAAUCUGAACAUCCAAAGCUGCGAGUGUAUACUUUGCAUCCUGGCGCCAUCUGGACACCGGCGGGGGUAGAUGCUGGUUUGAGCAAAGACAUGUUCAAUUGGGACGAGGAGGACCUUCCAGGCCAGUCUAUUGUUUGGUUGGCUGGCCAGGAGGCGACCUUCUUAAAGGGAAAGUUUUUGGCAAGCCAUUGGGAUGUUACGGAAUUGAUGGCCAACAAAAAAGCAUUUGAGUCAGAUGAGCUAAGCACCAUUGGAUUGAGGCGCUAG